CGCUGCGUCAGCGAGGCCCGAACCGCCCUCGGGAGGAGGAGCCUGGGCUCCAGCGCCGCGCAAGCGGCCCUCGUUCCCACCAAGGGGCACUGACCACUCUACGCUCGCAGGCCUGGCGGGAGUCGCAGGGCUAGGGCUCACCCGGCUACCCUCCCAGGCGAGCUUCCUCUCUGGGCUUCUGCAUCCGAGGGGAAAGGGCGGGGACGCCCGCCAAGACGUGGAGCGGGUGGCCUGGAGUCCCCGGCGCCGCAGGAGAGCCGGCAUUCUUCCUGCGCAGGCGCUCUGCUCAGGCUGGGAGGGGCGGGGCCUGGACGGGUCGCGGGGUGGAGUCAGCUCCGGGGCCCGCCUCCACCAGCUCCUGAGAGCAGCCGAGUGCUGGGCACCCGGGCUAUUCUAGGGGCUUCAGACGCGCCGCCCUAGAGACCCUGGGCCGGCGCUGGGCGCAGCUGCCUCUCUGCGUUUGCCUGUCCAUCUUUGUGUCUGUCUUUGUGUCUGUCUGGCUGUCUCCGAGCUUGCCUCCACUUCUAGAACUAAGCCUCCGGGACACCGACAUCCCGCGAACCCUCGCCCCUCUCCCAUGGCAGGCUACUUGCCCCCCAAAGGCUACGCCCCUUCGCCCCCACCUCCCUACCCUGUGACCGCUGGGUACCCGGAGCCGACGCUGCAUCCUGGGCCCGGGCCGGGGCAGGCACCAGUGCCCGCCCACGUGCCUACCCCUGCGCCCGGCUUUGCUCUCUUCCCCUCGCCCGGCCCUGGGGCCCCGGGACCAGCUGCCCCCUUUGUGCCACUGCCAGGGGUGCCUUUUGGCCUCGAAUUCCUGGCGCAGAUUGAUCAGAUCUUGAUUCACCAGAAGGCUGAGCGGGUGGAAACGCUCCUGGGCUGGGAGACCUGUAACCGCUACGAACUGCGCUCGGGAGCCGGACAGCCCCUGGGUCAGGCGGCGGAGGAGAGCAACUGCUGUGCGCGGCUAUGCUGUGGCGCCCGCCGGCCCCUGCGUGUCCGCCUGGUGGACCCCGGGGACAGAGAGGUGCUGCGCCUGCUCCGCCCCCUCCACUGUGGCUGCAGCUGCUGUCCCUGUGGCCUCCAGGAGAUGGAAGUACAGGCUCCACCAGGCACCACCAUUGGCCACAUUCUACAGACCUGGCAUCCCUUCCUCCCCAAGUUCUCCAUCCAAGACGCUGACCGCCAGACCGUCCUGCGAGUGGUGGGGCCCUGCUGGACCUGUGGCUGUGGCACAGACACCAACUUUGAGGUGAAGACUCUAGAUGAAUCCCGCGGUGUGGGCCGCAUCAGCAAGCAGUGGGGUGGGCUGCUCCGAGAAGCCCUCACCGAUGCAGAUGACUUCGGCCUGCAGUUCCCACUGGACCUGGACGUGAGGGUGAAGGCUGUGCUGCUGGGAGCCACAUUCCUCAUUGACUACAUGUUCUUCGAGAAGCGAGGAGGCGCUGGGCCCUCUGCCAUCACCAGCUAGAGGCCACCUCGGGGUGAGGAGACCAUCAUCUCAACCAGAAUUCAAGAUGGUCACCCGCCCUGGCCCCCUCCUCAGGGGCAGCCCCUUUCCCUCUGUGUGCACUGCAGGGGAGAGACAGGGCUGCCUGAGAGGCUGGGGGCUUGGUGCCCCGUGCCUCCCCUACUCCCCUGGCCUGCUUCACCUGUAGCCCCUACGGAAGGGUAUGUACGAGAGCCCUUCCCCUGCUACUUCCCACCACUGUCUCCAGCGGACCCUCAGCACACGGGCAUAUCGGCUUUCCAACUUUCCCUGCUGACUUCCUCCCAACCCCCUCCAGGGCCUCUGCUCCAGGUGAGGCCUUAGAAUGCAGCGUUUUAUGACAGGGCUGGGGUGGGGAAGGUUAAGCAGCACCAAAGACGGCAGACCCGGUCACCCUCUCCCCGCAUCAGCUUGGCCAAUUAGUUCAGCCUCAGACGAUGGCGCUCUGAGGGGGAUCCCUACCUCCCCCCCCACCCCAUAGCUAUAGGGCCAGGGCCCCAGUGCCGACUUCCUCUCCCUCAGCUGGUGCUUGCUGCAGCUUCCUGUGCCUUAACCACCCCUUCCUGCCCCUUCCUUAGGAAGGAGGCUGCAUCUUUGUAUGUUAUAUUCAUAUAAACUUUGUAACUUUUUGGA